AUGCGUCUCUCCGGAGCGAUUCUCGCGGCAGGGUUGGGCCUCCCAACUGCCCUAGCCGCUGGAUCUCACGAGUACGAGGAACAACAACCUCUCGGCCUGGCCGACUCGUGGGGUCCCAACCCCGAGGGAAAACGGCCCAACAUCGUGUUCAUCCUGACCGACGACCAGGACCUGCACAUGCAGUCGGUGGACUACCUGCCGCUGGUCAAGAAGAACCUGAUCGAUAAGGGGACCUUUUACAAGCGCCACUUUUGCACCACGGCCAUCUGCUGUCCGUCGCGUGUGUCGUUGUGGACGGGCAAGCUGGCGCAUAAUACCAAUGUCACGGAUGUGAACCCGCCGUAUGGCGGCUAUCCCAAGUUCAUCAGCCAAGGCCUCAACGACGCCUACCUCCCUCUCUGGCUCCAAGACGCCGGCUACAACACCUACUACACCGGCAAACUCUUCAACGCCCACACCACCGACAACUACCACUCCCCCUACCCCGCCGGCUGGAACGGCUCCGACUUCCUCCUCGACCCGUACACCUACAUGUACCUCAACGCCAGCUUCCAACGCAACCGCGACCCCCCCGUCAGCUACCCCAACCAGCACUCCGUCGACGUCCUCGCCGAAAAGGCCCUCGGUUUCCUCGACGAUGCCGUCGCCGCUGCAACUGCCUCAUCAUCAUCCCCCAACGGCGACGGCAACCGCCCCUUCUUCCUCGGCAUCGCACCCGUCGCUCCCCACAGCAACGUCGCCCUCUCCGCCACCCCCGGCGACAUCCCCUCAUCCCCAGACGACAUCGACAGAUUCGCCUCCUUCACCCCGCCCAUCCCCGCCGCGCGCCAUGCCCACCUCUUCCCCAACGUCACUGUCCCGCGCACACCGCACUUCAACCCAUCCAACCCCUCCGGCGCGAACUGGGUUCGUCGCCUGCCACGCCAGGGCGCGGACAACGUCGAGUUUAACGAUCAUUUCUAUCGGCAGCGGCUGCGGACGUUGCAGAGUGUGGAUGAGUUGGUUGAGGCGGUGGUGGGGAGGUUGGAGGCGUUGGGGGUGCUGGAGAAUACGUAUGUGUUUUAUACCACGGAUAAUGGGUACCAUAUUGGGCAGCAUCGGUUGCAGCCUGGGAAGGAGUGUGGGUUUGAGGAGGAUAUUAAUAUUCCGUUGAUUGUAAGGGGGCCGGGGGUGCCGCGGGGAGAAGUGGUGGAGGAUGUGGUGACGGCGCAUGUGGAUUUGGCGCCGACUAUUCUUGGGUUGGCGGGUGCAGGUGGUGUAGCGGAUGAGGAGGAGGAGGUGAGGGAGAAGUACGGAUUUGACGGGGAAGGGAUCCCGUUGACCAAGGCGGAGUUGGAGGAGGCUGUGGAUAAUCGGCAUGAGCAUGUUACGGUGGAGUUUUGGGGGUUUGCGGCGUCGGAGGGAAGGCUGUUUGGGCCGGAUCAGCAGCGGUUGACGUUGAAUAAUACGUACAAGGCGCUGCGGGUGAUUGGGGGGGAGUAUAACUUUUAUUACUCGGUUUGGUGCAACAACGAGCACGAGUUGUAUGACUUGACGUCCGACCGCUACGAACUCAACAACCUCCUGCACACCCCCUCCUCCCAACCCACCACACUCCUCGGCGUACCCUUCGCCAAAGUCGUCGCCCGCCUCGACGCCCUGCUCUUCGUGCUCAAGUCAUGCCGGGGCCAGACCUGCGUGCGGCCCUGGCACGCCCUGCACCCGGCCGGCAACGUGCGCAAUCUGCGCGACGCCCUGAGCAGCCGGUUUGAUGUGUUUUAUGAGCAGCAGCAGAAGAAGGUGAGUUAUAACCGCUGUGAGUUGGGGUAUAUAGUUGAUGCCGAGGGGCCGCAGUUUGAGAGUGAGGGGCUGGUGUAUCGUCAGGGGGCGAGUUGGAGUGAGUGGGUGUAG